ACGACCAACGAUGGCCAGUGAAUAUGCAGAAAGAGAAGAUCUUUUAAUUCAAAUACGUGAUAAAUUGCGAAAAGAUGGAAUCAAACUGUGGCUACCGCCUUAUUAUAAUGAAACUAAGGGCCCCUCGGAACUUGACCUCUUGAACCUGAGCAAAUCCAUAAGCGAAGCCCUAAAUUUCCCGGUGGAAAGGUGCAAAAAUAUCGUGCAAGAGCUCCAGAACAAUUCCCUCGAGAAUCUUAAACAGAAAAGCCGCUUCGAAGAGUCCGGACUGGCCACCUUAAAAGUAAAAGUGGUCUCACCGGGAAAACCCCCAAAGUUACUCGUCAAAGAAGUAAUGCUCACUUUAAGAGGUUUGGAUUUUAAAGAGUUAAUUUCUCAGGAUUGUUCUACACCAAUCGAUAGGAUAAAGCUAAUUUGCGCUGGUAGAGUGUUAAACCAUCAAGACACAUUGAAGACCCAAAACGUCAAAAACGGACAACAAAUAUUAGGAGUGAUUUUGGAAGAGACCCAGGCAGAAUCCGAACGAAACGAGAGCAAAAUUAAAGAAGUUCAAACGGUGAAAACGGAUUCGCAAUUGCUUGCCGAAGAUGAUCAAUAUAUAAUGUUGGAAGACCAGUUUGGAAAUGCCAUUAAAAUACCCGAGGCGGAGAGAAAAGCUCUUAUAGUCGCCAUGGCUUUGCACGAAAAGGGCAGGGCUGCAUUGAAGAGAGAAGAGUAUUCUACUGCCUUAAUUUUUUUUUUAGAAGCCGAUGAACAAUUUAGAACUUGUAGCUCAGCACUCCUAAAAUCGGUGGACAAUUAUGCCUUGCUCGACUUGGAUAUUGCUUGGUGUUACCUUUGCCUACAGAGUUUCACUCAUCUGCCAGAAGCCCAAGAGAGAUUGAGGAGAUGCGAGGAGAAGUUUCAUCAAACUUACGGGACUAAUUUGGAGCGACUCAUUGCUGUGAAAGGCACCUCAGGAAACGAAGCCUGUUUGAUGACAAGGCUUCAUCUACUGCAAGCCGUCGUGCUGUAUCACCAAAAUAAAAGGACAGAGUCGCACGCUUUGUUGAGAAACGUCGAGGCCGAAAUAAUGAGGCUCAAAGUGGACGAGAACAGUUUAACAACCCUCAUGGAGCUAGGAUAUUCGGCUGCCGAGGCGAGAUUGGGCCUGAGGGCGGUCGGCGGAGACGUCGAUAUGGCCGCCAAUUAUAUCGAUGAUAAUCGCCUCAAGCGUUUGGAGAGUCGCAAGAGGGCGCUGGCAGAGGAAAUACUCGAAAAAGAGCGGAAGAAGUUGGGCAAAUGCAUCGACGGCAAACAGUACGUCGACCCGAACUUCUUAAACAUCUUGGUCAAUAUGGGAUACAAUAAGGAAAGCGCUCGAUUGGCGUUGAAGAAUUGCAAUAACGUGAUAUCGGAUAGUGUGCAGUUCAUACAGGAAAAUCCCGCUCCCGGGCCGAGUCAUUCGAAGAGUUUCGAGUUGCUUUCUUUGGUCGAUGAUCUUAUUCCGCAGUUGGUCGAAGCCGGUUUUGACCCUCGAAUGGCCCGAAUAGCAUUAAUCAAACACAACGGGGAUAUCACCCGAUCUGCUGAGGAACUUUUGGCUAACGAUGGCGUCGUGGAGGGUGAUUUAUCACAAUAUGAUAUACGGCAAGAAAGCAUCGAGCAGAUAAAACGGCGCAAAAAAGAAGAAAAAGAAAAGAAAGAAGAGGCACUGGGACGUUUAAAAGAGGACAUGUCCUUAGUGGAGGACGACCACUUGGAUAUCAAUCUAAUUCAAGAAGAGAUCUUCCUUAGGCAGUACUUGUCCUUAUUGGAAAAGAAAUAAUCCUCGCCUCGAUAAGGCUACUCUCGUGUGAUAUUUUUGUAUUAGAUAAAAAAUUAGUUUGUGAGCACAGAACAAUGUUGUUUAUUAAAUAAUGUUAAACGUUAAAA